AUGGGCUUCUCUUCGGAGCUAUGCAGCCCCGAGGGCCAUGGGGCAGUGCAGAGACUUCAGGAGGCUGAGAUUAGACUGCUGGAGGGCAUGCGGAAAUGGAUGGCCCAGCGGGUCAAAAGUGACAGGGAGUAUGCCGGACUGCUGCGUCACAUGUCCCUGCAGGACGGUGCGGCCCAGGGCCGGGGCAUCAGUCCCGACAGCCCCAUCAGCCAGUCCUGGGCGGAGAUCACCAGCCAGACUGAGGGCCUGAGCCGGCUGCUGAGGCAACACGCAGAAGAUCUGAACUCAGGGCCCCUGAGCAAACUGAGCUUGCUGAUCCGGGAGCGGCAGCAACUUCGAAAAACCUACGGUGAACAGUGGCAGCAGCUGCAGCAGGAACUGACCAAGACCCACAGCCAGGACAUUGAGAAGCUGAAGAACCAGUAUCGAUCCCUGGCACGGGAUAGUGCCCAGGCCAGGCGCAAGUACCAGGAAGCCAACAAAGACAAAGACCGUGACAAGGCCAAGGACAAGUAUGUGCGCAGCCUGUGGAAACUCUUUGCCCACCAUAACCGCUACGUGUUGGGUUUGCGGGCGGCCCAGCUACACCACCAGCACCACCACCAGCUCAUGCUGCCCAGCCUGCUCCAGUCACUGCAGGACCUACACCAGGAGAUGGCGUGUAUCCUGAAGGAGAUCUUGCAGGAAUACCUGGAGAUCAGCAGCCUGGUGCAGGACGAGGUAGUGGCCAUUCACCAGCAGAUGGCAGCAGCUGCAGCCCGCAUUCAGCCUGAAGCCGAGUACCAGAACUUCUUGAGACAGUAUGGGUCCGCACCUGAUGUCCCACCCUGCGUCACCUUUGAUGAGACCUUACUUGAGGAAGGUGAACCACUGGAGCCUGGAGAGCUGCAGCUAAAUGAGCUCACGGUGGAGAGUGUGCAGCACAUGAUGACUGCAGUGACCGAUGAGUUGGCCGUGGCCACCAGCACUAUGCUCAGCCGCCAAGAGGUGGUUGUGCAAUUGCAGCGUGAGCUCUGGACCGAGGAGCAGAAUAUCCACCCCCGGGAGCGGGUGCAGCUACUGGGCAAGAAACAGGUGCUGCAAGAGGCGCUGCAAGAGCUGCAGGUGGCACUGUGCAGCCAGGCCAAGCUGCAGGCCCAGCAGGAGCUACUACAGAGCAAACUGGAGCAGCUGGGCCCCGGCGAGCCCCCACCUGUGCCUCUCCUGCAGGAUGACCGCCACUCCACAUCCUCCUCGGAGCAGGAGCGAGAGGGGGGAAGGACGCCCACCCUGGAGAUGCUUAAGAGCCACAUCUCGGGGAUCUUCCGCCCCAAGUUCUCGCUCCCACCACCACUGCAACUGGUCCCCGAGGUGCAGAAACCCUUGUAUGAACAGCUGUGGUACCAUGGGGCCAUCCCGCGGACAGAGGUGGCGGAGUUGCUAAUUCACUCUGGGGACUUCCUGGUGCGAGAGAGCCAGGGCAAACAGGAGUACGUGCUGUCGGUGCUGUGGGAUGACCAGCCCCGCCACUUCAUCAUCCAGUCAGCUGACAACCUGUACCGACUGGAAGGGGACAGCUUCCCUAGCAUUCCCUUGCUCAUCGACCACCUGCUACACUCCCAGCAGCCCCUCACCAAGAAGAGUGGUGUUGUCUUGAGUAGGGCCAUUCCCAAGGACAAAUGGGCACUGAACCACGAAGACCUAGUACUGGGUGAACAGAUUGGGAAGGGAAACUUCGGUGAAGUGUUCAGUGGACGCCUACGAGCUGACAAUACCCUUGUGGCCGUGAAAUCUUGCCGAGAGACACUGCCCCCUGACAUCAAGGCAAAGUUUCUACAGGAAGCGAGGAUUCUGAAGCAGUACAGCCACCCCAACAUCGUGCGUCUCAUUGGCGUCUGUACCCAGAAGCAACCCAUCUACAUUGUCAUGGAGCUGGUGCAGGGAGGCGACUUCCUGACCUUCCUUCGGACAGAGGGUGCCCGCCUGCGGGUGAAGACUCUGCUACAAAUGGUGGGGGAUGCGGCUGCUGGCAUGGAGUACCUGGAGAGCAAGUGCUGCAUCCACCGGGACCUGGCCGCUCGGAACUGCCUGGUGACCGAGAAGAAUGUGCUGAAGAUCAGUGACUUUGGGAUGUCCCGCGAGGAAGCUGAUGGCAUCUAUGCAGCCUCAGGAGGCCUCAGACAAGUCCCUGUGAAGUGGACCGCCCCCGAGGCUCUUAACUACGGUCGCUACUCCUCCGAGAGUGAUGUGUGGAGUUUUGGCAUCUUGCUGUGGGAGACUUUCAGCCUGGGGGCCUCCCCGUACCCCAACCUUAGCAACCAGCAAACUCGGGAGUUUGUGGAAAAAGGGGGUCGCCUGCCCUGCCCAGAGCUGUGUCCUGAUGCUGUAUUCAGGCUCAUGGAGCAGUGCUGGGCCUACGAGCCUGGGCAGCGGCCCAGCUUUAGCAUAAUCUACCAGGAGCUGCAGAGCAUCCGAAAGCGACAUCGGUGA